GCCGCAGCUUAAGAGCAGCGGAGCCUCGGCGGUUCGCCACAUUUCUCUCCUGAUCCCGAGCAGAGAAGCAGAAUCAUGGCCAGAACCAAGCAGACCGCCCGUAAAUCCACCGGAGGCAAAGCCCCCAGGAAGCAGCUGGCCACCAAGGCAGCCAGGAAGAGCGCUCCGGCUACCGGCGGCGUGAAGAAGCCUCACCGCUACAGGCCCGGUACCGUGGCUCUGAGGGAGAUCCGUCGCUACCAGAAGUCGACGGAGCUGCUGAUCCGCAAGCUGCCCUUCCAGCGUCUGGUCCGAGAGAUCGCUCAGGACUUCAAGACCGACCUGCGCUUCCAGAGCUCCGCCGUCAUGGCUCUGCAGGAGGCCAGCGAGGCCUACCUGGUGGGUCUGUUCGAGGACACCAACCUGUGCGCCAUCCACGCCAAGAGGGUCACCAUCAUGCCCAAAGACAUCCAGCUGGCCCGCCGCAUCCGCGGAGAGAGAGCUUAGAGGCUGCAGCUCCAACAAACACACAACGGCUCUUUUAAGAGCCACACACACCCAGUUUAACAGCUCUUCCUGUUGGUAAUAUUGUAGCAUAUAGUAAAGAUUAACUUUAAGUUGAGAAGUUUGACUUUCUUUUUGGUUGAUCUUGUCAAAAACAGGCCACCUUAUGUUUUAUUAACCAUUAGUUAAUUAACAUUAUAGCUAUCCCUCAAAAAUAAAGACAGAAAUUAUCAUGGCAUCUAAAUAUUUCUUACAUCAACUACAGUUGAUAAAACUUGUUUCACAUGAACGUUUCCACAAGUGAGUGAAAAAUGACCCAAAUUCUCCUCGGAGUUUCAUUUGUAAACUUGGUUCUGAGCAACAUGAAUGUAUAUUUAUUUUUUUGACGCACACAGAGAACAUCAAGUGUUAGUUAUUGUGUAAUUUAUUCUAUUUUACAGUUUAUUUAGCUAGCUAACUUCGCAUUUUUGUGUCUGUGUCAUUACUUAUUACAUUAUCCUAUUUCAUCAUAUUCUUAAAAUACGUCACUUCCUCCAUGUGUUGGAUGAAGAAGCUCUUCCUCAUGUACAAAAUAUUCUAUUCUGCUGUUAUGAAAACUGCUUUUCCAAUUUUCAAAAUGUUUCAAAUUUGUUUUGUGUUUUUAUUAAAAAUUAUUUUCAGGUAAAAAUCCUUCUUUUGUGGACCGCUGCAAUACAAAAUAUGUAGCAAAUGAUGAUCUUUAACCAACAUUAAAAACACGUCGACUCUAAAACGGGUCAUUUUCGACUCGCCUAUAUGGAAGCGUGUGGCCGUCCUGUCGCUCAUGCAACUAAAGGUUCAUUAUUAUUUUUUUAGGCUAUUAGUAUUUACACAACAUGAUUAUUGCAGCUUUUUAAUCUUUUCAUAUUUCUUAGCUUGUAUUUUCAGUUGAGACACAGUAUAUGGAAUAUGUUUAUAAAUUAAGUUGCAAGUCUGUUUUUAAAAUUAUUAUUAUUUCUGAGAUCACCAAAAAUGGCGCCUCUGCUACAUUCACUCCGUCAUUAGCGUUUCACGUCACACAUUCCUACUAUCAACCACUAGAGGGAGAUGAAGCGCCACCUGUCUGCUGACGUUCUCACGUUCUGUGUGGAACAGAGAACCAAAAAAAAGGAAAGAGUCAUUUUGGGGCAUUAUAGGUGUUGGAGCUAUUUAUUGUUUAUUUCUUUAUCCAUUUGAAUUUCGUUAGUUUAUUGUUAAAUUUCUAUUUUUUGUAUUAUUUACAAGUUAAUAAUUGUUGAUUCUAUUUAUCUUUUGUUUUAUUAUUUUUCUUCUUUAUUCUUUCUGAGUCAGACAGGAAGUAAGGUGGGUCAGUCCACUUUCUAUCAGUGUAGGGGCCUGGAAAAGGACCAGCAGGCAUUUGGGUUUGGGGCCUAUGGGUUUUUUUUUUUUUUUUACCAGAGCAAGAGAGGUAAAAUGAGAACAAAGGAAAGUUUGAACUCUGUAAUUGUUUGCUGAAAUAGGAAAAAUAAAUCAUCCAGAACAAUCA